UCUGCAGCGCUGUCCUGAAUUGAGAAGCCCCCGUUGUCUGCUCGUACUCUGCACAAUAUAGCACCUCGCGUUCUUCCUGCAGCACAAAUUGACCUCUCCGGCAUCGCGUGAGAGAGUCGGUACACAUCUGGCGAAUUUUGUUGAGCCCUCGCGCCCGAGUCUGGAUGUUGCACGUGAGCUGACGAAUUUUAGAGGUCGGAGUAAAAAUGCUGCGGCGAGCGCAUGCGAGCGUCUUGCUCCUUCCUUGGCUGAUGCUGCAAACCCAGGCGGGCUUUCCAAACCAGAUCAAUAUCGGUGGUCUGUUCAUGCGCUCCACGGUCCAGGAACACAGUGCGUUCCGCUUCGCCGUGCAGCUCUACAACACCAAUCAAAACAUCACAGAGAAACCCUUUCAUCUGAAUUAUAACGUGGACAACCUGGAGUCAUCCAAUAGCUUCUCUGUUACGCACGCAUUCUGUUCUCAGUUCUCAAGAGGUGUAUAUGCAAUAUUUGGAUUCUAUGACAGGAGGUCAAUGAACACAUUAACAUCAUUCUGUGGCGCUCUGCACACCUCCUUUAUCACUCCAUCUUUUCCCACGGACACAGAUGUGCAGUUUGUCAUGCAGAUGAGGCCAAGCCUCCGAGGGGCGCUGCUCAGCUUGCUAUCCCAUUACAAAUGGGAGAAAUUUGUCUACCUGUACGACACUGAAAGAGGUUUUUCCAUCCUACAGGCCAUAAUGGAGUCUGCAGUAAUGAAUAAUUGGCAGGUGACGGCACGUUCAGUGGGCAACAUUGUGGAUCCCCUGGAAUACAGACGCAUUAUUGAAGAGAUGGACCGACGGCAGGAGAAACAUUUCCUUAUUGACUGUGAGGUUGAGCGUAUUAACAGUAUUCUAGAGCAGGUUGUGAUCUCAGGAAAGAACAGUCGAGGAUAUCAUUACAUCCUGGCUAAUCUUGGAUUCUCUAAUGUGAGUCUGGAUAAGGUGUUCUCAGGUGGUGCUAACAUUACCGGCUUCCAAAUCAUAAAUCCUGAAAGUCCAAUUGUGCAGCAGUUUCUCCAGCGCUGGGAACGACUCGACGAGAGAGAGUUUCCUGAAUCUAGAAACACACCUCUGAAGUACACCUCUGCGCUGACUCACGAUGCCAUCCUGGUGAUAGCCGAGGCGUUUCGGUAUUUGAGACGUCAGCGUGUGGAUAUUUCCCGUAGAGGGAGUGCGGGUGACUGCCUUGCCAAUCCGGCUGUACCGUGGAGCCAGGGAAUCGACAUUGAGAGAGCGCUCAAAAUGGUACAGGUUCAUGGUAUGACGGGAAAAAUUCAGUUUGACUCAUUCGGACGACGAUCAAAUUACACCAUAGAUGUUUAUGAGAUGAAACCUGGAGGAGCCAGAAAGAUUGGCUACUGGAAUGAAUAUGAGAAAUUUGUUUAUAUAGUGGAGAAGCAGGUUACCAACGAAUCCUCCUCUGUGGAAAACAGAACCAUUGUGGUCACUACUAUUAUGGAAGCUCCCUAUGUAAUGUACAAGAGGAAUUAUAUGCAGAUGGAUGGAAAUGAACGUUAUGAGGGCUACUGUGUAGACUUGGCAUCAGAAAUCGCCAAGCACGUGGGCAUAAAGUACAAACUGUCCAUUGUGGCUGAUGGGAAAUACGGAGCGCGCGAUCCUGAGACCAAGACCUGGAACGGCAUGGUGGGGGAAUUGGUAUAUGGGAGAGCAGAUAUAGCUGUGGCACCCCUCACUAUAACCCUUGUCCGGGAGGAGGUGAUCGAUUUCUCCAAGCCUUUCAUGAGUCUAGGAAUUUCCAUCAUGAUCAAGAAACCCCAAAAGUCCAAACCUGGAGUGUUCUCCUUCCUGGACCCACUUGCUUAUGAGAUCUGGAUGUGUAUUGUGUUUGCAUACAUUGGUGUGAGCGUGGUUCUCUUCCUGGUUAGUCGUUUCAGUCCGUACGAAUGGCACCUGGACGAGAACGAAGAGGUGAAAGAUCCGCAGGCGCCACCUGACCCACCCAAUGACUUCGGCAUCUUUAACAGUCUCUGGUUCUCACUUGGAGCUUUCAUGCAGCAAGGAUGCGAUAUCUCGCCAAGGUCUCUGUCCGGGCGUAUAGUUGGUGGUGUGUGGUGGUUUUUCACUCUGAUCAUCAUUUCAUCCUACACCGCAAAUCUGGCUGCUUUCCUUACUGUGGAAAGAAUGGUGUCACCUAUAGAGAGUGCAGAAGACCUCGCCAAGCAGACCGAGAUCGCCUAUGGGACCCUUGACUCCGGUUCCACCAAAGAGUUCUUCAGGCGUUCCAAAAUAGCUGUCUAUGAGAAGAUGUGGUCUUAUAUGAAGUCUGCUGAACCAUCUGUGUUUGUGAAAACAACCCCUGAUGGAGUGGCUCGUGUGCGGAAGUCUAAGGGAAAGUUUGCGUUCCUGCUCGAGUCCACAAUGAAUGAAUACAUUGAGCAGAGAAAGCCAUGCGACACAAUGAAGGUGGGAGGGAACCUGGACUCCAAGGGCUACGGUGUGGCCACGCCCAAAGGGUCGGCAUUAAGAAGCGCUGUAAACCUGGCGGUGUUAAAGCUGAAUGAGCAGGGCCUGCUGGACAAGCUGAAAAAUAAAUGGUGGUACGACAAGGGAGAGUGCGGCAGCGGAGGAGGUGACUCGAAGGAUAAGACCAGUGCGCUGAGUCUCAGUAACGUGGCUGGUGUGUUCUAUAUCCUGGUGGGGGGUCUGGGUCUGGCCAUGACUGUGGCUCUUGUGGAGUUCUGCUAUAAGUCGCAUCAGGAGACCAAACGACUCAAACUUGCCAAAAAUGCCCAGAACUUUAAACCAGCUCCUCCACCUACUGCACAGAGUUUCACCACUUACAGAGAGGGCUAUAACGUCUAUGGAACAGAGAGCGUCAAAAUUUAAUGGUUGGAAGCCUGUCCCAUGCUGAUCAUGUCAUAUGUUGCAUGAGAUAGAUUCUCAGUUUUUUUACUUUCAGAGUUGACUGCAAUUACCUUUAGAAUGUGGACACACACCCAUCCAAAAGUUAUCUCACUGGAACUCUCUUCUUCUCGACUCUGAUCACAACCUGAACCAAUAAUCAUGCGACAGACUAUCGGCUGGACCAACCACCUGUCACCCUCUCUCAGUGCCUUACUGAACAAUUGGCAAAACAUAAAAAACAAGCAGGCCAUCUCACCAAACCCUGGAGAUAUCUUGCUGAGUGAUGGGUCUGAAAUCAUAUUCAUUAUUCUUAUUAUGAGAGGGACAGAUACAGAACGGGAAAGAGAGAGAUUUGAUAUGGUUUAUCUCAUGUUCAUUGAUGACAGUGUUUUCAUGAGUGUCAGUCAUCUUGUCUCCAUGACUACUUACAUUUAUAUGGAUUUAUAUUUUGAAUCCACUGAAAUCUGUUGGUUUAAAAUGUUGUCCUAUGAUUCUGUGUCCUCAACUUUAUGUUGUGAGUAAUGUACAUAAUAAUUUAAGACAUAUUAUGGCAUUAGAGAACUAAUGGUCAAUAAUGUUUCCUUUUCUUAAUUUAUAUGAUAUUUAGACUUUUAGUUCAUUGUGUAUUCAUCUUGGAUUAGAGCUAAUGUUGGAACCUCAGACUGUAUGUGCAUGAGGGUGAGAGUGUGUUCAUGGUGUGUGUUUCACAAUCUGUAAUCUAAACCCAUUGAGGGUGUGAAUUUACU